UGUUUACCUGCAUGUGGUUUGGACUAAUACAUUACCAAGUAGUUUUAAUGGAUGCUUGGUCCUCUUUUGUUAUAUAACAACAAUCUAUUGAAGAGGACUGGUUAUGUAUGCUGGCUGACACCGUACAUUGUCCUCUGGGACUGUGGACACACUGGAUCAGUUCAGCCUCCGAGCAGAAGAGGAGCUGUUAAUGUGGGGCUCAGGCAGUAUAAACCGACCGGGGGCGGUCCCUGCCUUCCUCAGGACCCCCACCAUGAUCCCAUCCCCCCUGGACAUGAAGCCCUUCCUACAGUUCCCCCUGGAUACGCCCCACCCUGCAAGUGUCAACCUCUUCCACAACUUCAACACUUGGAUCAACCAGAAGGCAAGCAUCUCCAUGCCUCAUGUGGGAUACAACACAGUAUAUACGAUGGACCCGGUUCAAAAGGCUGUGAUGAGCCAUACCUUUGGCCCGCCUUUGAUCAAGACCAAGCGGCCAAUCAUCUCCUGCAACGUCUGCCAAAUACGCUUCAACUCAGAGAGCCAGGCAGAGGCCCACUAUAAGGGUAAUCGCCAUGCCCGAAGAGUGAAGGGCAUUGAGACUUCCAAAACUCGUCCCCAGGAAGGGGACAAGCAGCCCCCUCCCCCCACUGCCUCUCCCCCCAGACCGUCACCCUCCAGCCCAGAGCCUGACCCUAGCAGCAAGCAGGAUGAUGUCCUGUCCCGCCCCAAUUCAGACGGGUCGCCCAUGACUCCAAGCCCGCUCCCCACCUCCCAGGCCCAAGCCACCCCUGCAGAGACACCCAUCAGAUCCCCCCUGCUGCAGGGUAGUACCCCGAUGUCCUGCACCCCAUCUCCAGGUGCCAGUGCCCUCUCUAUGGACCCAGCUGGGACAGGCAGCCUGGACACACCCUCUCCAGCCCCCAGCCCCUCAGUGGAGUCUGAAGAGGACAAAGCCAAGAAGCUGCUCUACUGCUCCCUGUGUAAAGUAGCAGUCAACUCCCUGUCUCAGUUGGAGGCACACAACAAAGGAACCAAACACAAAACCAUCCUGGAGGCCAGGAGUGGGCUGGGUCCCAUCAAGGCGUAUCCCCGACUAGGUCUCAAACUCAGCCCAGAGCAGGGAGGGGGUCUCCCCACAGACCCCAACACUCAGGAACGUACCUUCCACUGUGAGAUCUGCAACGUGAGGGUCAACUCUGAGCUCCAGCUCAAGCAGCAUAUCUCCAGUCGACGGCAUCGGGAUGGAGUGGCAGGAAAGCCCAAUCCUCUCCUCAGUCGGCACAAGAAGCGUACAGACUUUGUGUCUUCCUUAGCUUUUUCAAAGGACCUUCCAAAAACUCUGGGUGCAGGACUGUUGCCUAACCCUCUGGCUGUUGCCGCAGCAAUGGCAGCUGUGGCCUCCUCCAAUCAGCUGGCUUUGCGUGCCCCCGUUCCUGCCCCUCAUCAUCACCCCCAUCACCACCUCCUACAGGGAACACACCUGAGCCUGCUAAGGCCCGCCCCCGGGCCCAUGCGCACCACCCACGGGCCAAUCCUCUUCACCCCUUACUGACGGUAGAGGGACCGGGACCAGUCAGGAAGAAGCACACUGUGAAGUAAACAGGGAAACACAUUGAUAAUCAAAACAUUUACUGCAAACAAAAAUAAUUUAUGGGGUAAAAGACCCCUUCCUCUUUCUCAAUUCUGGAUCAUCCUUUCACCAUUUAACACUUUGGAAACAUUGUUUGACACAAAAUCCUGGAUUUUCUGCUGCUGAAGAGGAAGGAGAUUGCGUUAAUGGUGGACUUUCUGUGAUCCUCUUCCCAUCUGGGGUGGACUCAGACCAUGUGUGUACUGUAGCAACCACAUUGAUCAGAUGUCGAACUAAAGCAUUGUACCAUGGCUGAGACAGCAAAUGCUCCUAUGAUGUAAUUCCUGUUCAUGUCUUAAGUCAUGGUAGAGGGCUCAGACAAAAACCAGCAUUCAAUCCACCGUAACAAACACAUACAGUAGUUGGGAUUGUAAAAGUAGCUCAGUUAGUUGAACUUUCGUACCACAUGGCAAAGUUAAAUCCCAUUAGAGCUUAACCCUAUGUGCGUGGCAAAAUCCAAUAUUUACACUGUUGUUGCAGGUCCUAGAUUAGCUGUAUGUUCUACAGAUUCAGGCACAAGGUACUCUGUGCUUUUUGUUCCCAGGUCCUUAGUAUCUGUAGUACUGUGGAUGAUAGAUGUUAGUCUAUAUUCCCCUCUAUGAAGGAAAAGAGGGACAAACAUUUUUAUUUAAGGAGCAAAAAUAGUCUCAAAACUGCUACUGAAGGUGAAUGCACUAAGGUCUGAUGUCAUUGGCUGAGGUGUCCCUGUGUUGAGGAGUCUCUUGGUUUCUUUCAGCAUUCCUCAAGUAUCAUGCUAUCUAGCUAGUAUGAAUAGCUACUGAUUAUAUGCUUUGUGUAAUUUUGAUGUUCACGAGACAGACAAAGCACACAGAAGUACAACAAGGCUUCAACUGAAAAAUGUACUUGAGAUCUUCCUAAAUAUUGAUGGUCAACCUUUUUUCUUUCAGUUUUUCUCAUCUCUGAGGCACCAUACCAAACAACUUUUCAAGUUUCACUGUACAAUCCAAACCAGAGGGAUUCUUUCGUCUUAAAAUAUUAUUUGUACACUGUGAAAUAUUAUAUGGUUUUGAGUGGGUGACUUAAAGGCAGCAGUUGUUGAGUUGAAUUAACAAAUAUACAUUUUUACUAAAUGACCUCAUGAGCCUGUGGAUGUCGGGGUCAAGGUUCAAAUUGUGAGCUCUUGGGGAUCCCCAAGGUGGUUGUUGGGGUGGUGGAUAACACAAAUUGCACAGGGUUUCCCAUACCUAAUGGGUGGUCCAGGACCUCCCUACCAGCUCAGUUUGAAACUGUGCUGGCAACGAAAAACUCUAUGAGAGGGGAAGUUGCAUAGAUGUGUAUAGAAGAAUAAUGCAGGGGUUAUGAUAGCGAGAAUGACCAGAUAUCUGAAGCUGUCUUUCUGUCAUGAAAGUCAUAUGCAAUAUUAUGAUGAUCGUAUAUAACUGGUUCUGUUGACUUCGCCUGAGCUCUGGAUGAAACCUGCUAUCAUUAAACUGUUAUGUCGUGUAUAAAAAGGGUAUUGUGGGGGAUUUUAGCAAUACUCAUAGAACUCUUGCUAUCUAAUCCUUGCAAUAAAGAGAUCAAUUAUAUGUCUAUAAAUGUAUUAAAUGUUAUUUAGAAGAA